GCAGACGUGGCUCGGGCGUCCUGCUCCCUCGCCCCUCCGCGGAACCUGCAGGCGCCACUGCUGCAGAAACCACCAAACUUUUUCCCCCGGAGCGGCAGCCCUGGGCUUGGCGUCUUCGAUCCUGCCCUCUGCAGCGAGCCUCCGGAGAAAAUAGAGACGCAGCCUUCCCGGAGAGGAGCUUCCCACUUCUCUGCCUGCCUCUCCCCUCUAGGAAAGCUAGAGCUGCUGUACACCACCGGAUAAGAGCGAGGUCAAAGAGCAGUGCCCAGGGCUCUGCACGUCUCGCCGCCGCGGGCCUCCAGGACAGCGACCACCAACUCGGAUUUCCAGGGCCCGGGUCUCGCAGGUUGGCCUGGGCAUCCUUGGCCCAAGAGAAAGCUAAAAAAAAAAAUAAGUCGGCAGGAAGAAAACACGGCCCCUUGCGCCUCCACUGCAGUCAGCUCCAGCGCUCAGGCUGUGCCGCCAGAGGAAGAGGCAGAGAACGCGGCGGGAGAGCGAGAUCUCCAGGCCCGCCGGUGCGCGCGCCCGUCGGAGACUGUCGAGACCAGAAGUUGCGAGCGCGCACCAACCAAACUGACCCGAAAGACCAAGCGCAGAGACCCCAGGCAACCCGAAGAAGGCCGCGGAGAGAAGCCCGAGAGGGCCUGGGAGACAAGAGGGCCGAGUGGCGGGGCUGGACGGGCGGAGUGGGCGUGAGUGAGGCCAGCCAGGCCCCGGGAGCCGGGUACGGAGCGACGCUGCGGCCCACUGUGGGCCUGGGCCGGGGGGCCAGGGAGGAGGAGCCGGCGGCGAUGCCGCGGCCGGGGAAGAGCUCCUACAGCGACCAAAAGCCGCCCUACUCGUACAUCUCGCUGACCGCCAUGGCCAUCCAGCACUCGGCCGAGAAGAUGCUGCCCCUGAGCGACAUCUACAAGUUCAUCAUGGAGCGCUUCCCCUACUACCGCGAGCACACACAGCGCUGGCAAAACAGCCUGCGCCACAACCUCUCCUUCAACGACUGCUUCAUCAAGAUCCCUCGCAGGCCGGACCAGCCCGGUAAGGGGAGCUUCUGGGCGCUGCACCCCGACUGCGGCGACAUGUUCGAGAACGGCAGCUUCCUACGUCGCCGCAAGCGCUUCAAGGUGCUGCGCGCCGACCACGCUCACCUGCACGCUGGAGGCUCCAAGGGCGCACCGGGCGCUGGGCCCGGAGGGCACCUGCACCCGCACCACCCGCACCAUCACCAUCACCACCAUCACCACCACCACGCCGCCGCGCACCACCACCACCACCACCACGCCGCACCCCCGCCGCCGCCUCCGCCCCCGCCGCCGCCGCACAUGGUGCACUACUUCCAUCAGCAGCCGCCGCCCGCCCCGCCGCCGCCACCGCCGCCGCCGCACCUCCCGUCGCAGCCCGCGCCGCAGCCGCCCCAGCAGGCGCAGCCUCAGCAGCCGUCUCACCCCGGCAAGAUGCAGGAGGCGGCUGCCGUGGCGGCGGCGGCGGCCGCGGCCGCGGCGGCAGCAGUGGGCAGCGUGGGGCGCCUGUCUCAGUUCCCACCCUACGGGCUGGGUUCGGCUGCCGCCGCUGCCGCCGCCGCGGCCGCGUCCACCUCUGGCUUCAAACACCCGUUCGCCAUCGAGAACAUCAUCGGCCGGGACUACAAGGGCGUGCUGCAGGCUGGAGGGCUGCCCUUGGCGUCUGUCAUGCACCACCUGGGCUACCCCGUGCCCGGCCAGCUCGGCAACGUUGUGAGCUCGGUGUGGCCGCAUGUGGGCGUCAUGGACUCGGUGGCCGCGGCAGCCGCUGCGGCUGCCGCCGCCGGAGUCCCUGUCGGGCCGGAGUACGCGGCCUUCGGGGUGCCCGUCAAGGCCCUAUGCCACUCAGCGAGCCAGAGCCUGCCUGCUGUGCCAGUGCCCAUCAAGCCCACGCCUGCGCUGCCGCCCGUGACCGCGUUGCCGCCGGCGCUCGCCGUCCCCGCAGCCUCCCAGCAGCCGCCCGCGCCUUCCACCGUGUGUUCUGCAGCCGCAGCCUCGCCCGCCGCCUCUCUGCUGGAGCCCGCGACCGCGAGCGCGGCCGAGAGCAAGGGCGGCUCCCUGCACUCGGUGCUGGUGCACUCGUAGGGGGCCUGGUGGGCCAGGGCGAGGGGCGCGUGUAGAGACGCCCGGCGUUGAGCUGCGCCAGAGCAAGGCCGGGCGCAGCCGCCAGGGCUGGCCUUUGCGCAAAAGGACGGCCUCCAAACGGACGGCACACCCCAGAAGGGGAUUCUCCAGUGGUCUGAAUAAAUAUAACCCUCUUGGUGUCUGUGUUUAUACUAUGUUGUACAGUCAGAUGAAUGAAAGCCAGUUUUCAGGUAAGAGUUCCUAUUGUCGUUAAUAUUCUACUCGCUAAGUUAUAGGGAGAGGGGGAGGGAGGGAGCGAAGGCGAUUAGGGAAGCCUUACUCGCCGGCAAAGUGGAAGUGGAUUCCAAGCCUUCACCUGGAAGCAGCAGCAGGCGGGGCUAAACUCCCGGGGAGAAAUCCUACGAGGAGUGGCGCUGGGACGGAUCUUAGUGUCUCCGCUGGUCGCGUCCCCAGGCAGCUGCAAAAGCGAAGGGCCAUCUAGGGACAGAUCGUCUUAUUUCGGAAGAAGAAAAGAGGGGCUCUGGAUACCGUUGUUUUCCUGGUUAGCUAGAUGGGUGAGGACACAGGGUCAUGAAUAAAGUCGCUCUGGGAGGCAGUGGGAGCCGGCACGAAAGAUCUUUGAGAAAAAGUCACAUUUUUUGGUGCUCUGACCCAAGGGGUCCCGACCGAGAGAAGGAACCUCUAAAGCGAAGAGUUUGCACGAAAGAGAAUGGUCCCGGCUUAAAAGAGCAAAGCCCCAGAUUCCAAAAGCCAAGUUUGGGGAACACAGCCGAACAGGGAACAGCGCAGGCGACUUUUUCCACCCGCAGCUUGCUCAUGUAUCAGUCGGAUGAAAGGCCCCGAGGGAGCCCAAGGAUGGUGUGAAUUCCUACGAUCCAGUCCAUUUGAAAUUUUAAAGAAAGAGGGAAAAAUCACUUGUUUCGCGGGAAUUUGUUCUGCUAACUCACGAACGGGAGGAAAAGACUCGGCUCCGUGGCUCCGGACGCCUGCUGGGGCGUCGAGCUGUUCCCUACCCGCCUCCUCUAGCGGACCUCAGACCUAGGACCCAGGCGCGCUGCGGUCCACCAGCAUUCUGCGUGGCGGUGGGGCGAGUUCUUCCGUUUCAAUUCGUAAACGGAAAAGGCGCUUCCCGGGAUCCCCACCCUGGGCCCCAGGAAUAUAGCACUUUACUCGCGACAAACUUGCGGGACAGAGCGGGGAGGAGUCGGCCUCACGCCAUGGCCCUCAGUAACCGUCGGCUUUGCGUCCGCGCCGCGUUCGGGUUGUGACUGUUCCUGUCUGCAGGUGUUGUACGCGGUGUUCUUCAUUAAAGCUUCUCUGGA